AUGUGUAAUGAGAAACGGGCGGCACCUGGUCGAUAUAUCCAACCCAAGACUCCACCAUCCUUGAAAUGCAGAGGCAGAAUAGAAGAGAUGCACAAUCUGGAGCGAUCCGGUAACGGGACUCCUAUCAAAGAAAAGGAGGAUCAUACAGCAGAUGAUUCGACCUUGUACAAAUGUGAACACAUCAGAGCCACCACGUGUCGGAACCUGACCUCCAUUGCGUUGGCCUACUGGGGAGAGGUGAAAGAUCUCCCCGGCUAUGAUAUCGCUCAACACACUACUGUUCAUGACAAGGCGCUGCCUGAGCCAUGUAUCAAAUGCAUCUCGGAGACCUUUAUGAGGAAACAGCUCAAGGGCGGAUUGAAAUGGGCAAUUUCGGAAACCGAAUCGCUUCUGUCGCUGCCCCUUUCGCCUCAGCUUAAAAUCUAUGAUCGGAUGAGUUACUGCGAAGGAAAACUAAAUAUUCAGCAGUUUCGCUUUAAUCAUUGCCACUUUGCAAUUUAUGCCCCUUUCUAUUUGGAGGAGAAGGUCUAUGGUGUUGUGCGUGAAAGUCCUGAGGCACAGGCUAUUUACGCUGUUGCUUGCCUGUCGGACUCGAAUUAUAGCCCCCUAAACGACCUGAAGAAGCAUCACCUCCUCAAGACUUUUGAUCAACUCAUAAGUCGGUUAGACCAUUGGAACACUGCGACAGCAAACGAAGAACACUAG